AUGUCUCCAGCCCUCGUCGCUGCUAACAAAAGUGCCAUCAAACGGGGUGGUGCGGAGACUGGCCGAAUUAAUCCCUACCUCUGGGUUUUGGACGGCCUGGUGUCAGCCAUCACCAAGACGGCUUAUAGGGGACCUGAGAAUUCCAGCGUCCAGUUAAAGAAAUAUAUGAUGCGAUGGUUGAAGAUCAACCUACAGAAACUUGGCAAGAAAUACAAAAAGUAUAACGGCGUUCCAAAAGUGGACACGAAGGUCCUCGGUCAAUCUUUGAGGCAGGAGGGCCCAAACCCAAGAGUGUCCGCUGCGGAUCUACAUUUUGCGACAGUUCAGGCGGUCCCAGGCUUCAUUCAGCACACUUUAUAUGCGAAUGAUCAGAACGCAGACUGCCAGUCAGGUAGGUGCACCUUAACUCCUCAUAUGCAUACCAGACUACUACGCUGUCAAGGGCGAACGUUGCCUUCAAAGGGAAGAUUUGAUGGACGUCGAAGUACUCAGGUCCCAUCACCUGCACAAUCAGCGCAGUCGCCGCGUAAGUCGCCUGACACUGACUUUUCAUCCACUUGUCUGUUUCUAGAUAUCACAGCCCAGUAUGAGCACUGCAGUGCAAGUUUCUAGAUAUCACAGCCCAGUAUGA